AUGUGGCAACCAAAUAUUCUCGGCAUCAAAAGUCUGCGUGGAAAUGCGCUGGUCACGGCUUACAUGGUUUGCUGCGGCAUUGCAUUCACGAUGUUCGGAUAUGAUCAGGCUGUUGUCGGAGCUCUGUCAAACAAUCCCUCGCUUCUCCAUCACAUGGGAGUAAUUAAGACCGACCCUCUUAUAGUUGGGUGCAUAGUGGCUAUCUUCUCCGUUGGUGCGAUAUUUGGCAGUGCUGUAACAAUGCUAAUUGGCUAUCGUACCGGCCGACGUUGGCUUAUUUUCAUCGGCUGUUUAUUCCUCGUCAUUGGUGCUGCCUUGCAAGCCACGUCCUUCAGCCUCGCCCAGAUGAUCGCCGGCCGACUGAUUGCAGGCUUUGGCGUUGGCUUCGUAAGCUGCACCAUUCCGUUGCUCGCCUCAGAAAUUGCGAAACCCAACAGACGCGGUAUUUUGAUUGCUGCACUUUUCACACUUGCAGUAGUAAGUGCAAUGGCGAAGUGUUCAAACGACGAAUUUAUAUGGCGCUUCCCUGCUGCUUUCCAGGGCUUUUUUGGUACAUUUACAGCGGUAUGGUUUCCUAACCGUUACCAGCUCGCCUUUCAGAGAUGUGCUAAGUCCCAAACUCAGGCGACCAUCUUCUUGCUCCCUGAAUCACCUCGAUGGCUGUAUGCUCGGGGCUAUGUCGAAGCAGCGAACAAUGUCUUGGCUCGUGUGUAUGACCAGACAGAGCAUUCAGAGCUUAUACAAGCAACCUACGCCGCACUCAAAGCUGAGGUUGACGAUGAAGAAAAACGCGAAGAGAAGGGGUUUCGGCUGUUUACUCAAUGCAUCAAGGCUAUGUUCUGGGACACGACCGACCUUAAGCUCGGUAGGCGGUUACGCCUGUGCUUUUUGGUUAUGAUGCUGCAGGAAAUGAGCGGCUUGAACGUGAUCGUUCCGUAUACAAACAAUCUGUUUGAGAUCGACCUGAAGUUCGACGCGCUCAAGUCCAUCAUGAUUGCUGCCAUCAUUCAAGUCGCGUGGGCCGCUUUCACCACCUGCGGAAUGCUUACCAUUGAACGAUGGGGACGCCGACCGACACUCAUGAUUGGCACCACGAUUUGCACUCUCGGCAUGACUGGAUUUACCAUCUCCAUUGCGAUCGGCAGUGAGAGCGCCGGCUGGGCAGGGAUGGUCAUGUUGAUCGUCUUUUUCUUUGGCUUUGCCUUCGGCAUGCUACCCAUGAGCUGGCUGUAUCCUUCCGAGAUUCUGCCACUGCACAUGCGGCACGUCGGACUGGGCGUCGCGGGCAUCACGACUUGGCUCUUCACGUUCCUCACUGUCUUCACGGGUCCAAUAUCUUUCACCGCUACUGGGUACAAGAUCUUCAUUCUCUACAUCAUCUUCAAUGCGCUUGUAUUUCCCUAUGCCUACUUUCUGAUGGUGGAGACAAAGGAUAAGACUUUGGAGGAAGUGAACCUCGCCUUCAGCCCGGUCGCCGCUGCCAGCAUCCUCGGGCCCCAGGUGAUGGCCAGGACUCAUGAUGAGAAAGAUCAGAUGAGCGGCCAAGUUGUCGAGAAAGAAUGGUGA